AUGAAACUAAUUCAAACUGAAUUGAUGUUUUUUUUGUUAAUCCUCAUCUCGGCUUUAGUAUUCCAACAAUCGAAAGCUCAGCAUAAUUAUUGUUCGAGAACCAACAUAGACCAGAUACCGGGAUGUUUCCAUGCGUUGCAAUUAGCAUACAAGAAAGAUUACAGUCAGCUAACAAGGGAUUGUUGUAGAGCAGUGUUCUCACUUCCUACUAGUUGCGUCGUGCUUAUCUAUCCUGGCAAAACUUAUCCUAUUACUACCUUCAGAUUUAUUUGUGUUUAUAAGGAUGAUGAUAUUCCACCAUCAAGUUUAUAA